UCCGCAGCUUGAGAAGCUUCUCGCCGAGCAAUCUGGUUCCCCGAUGGAGGAAUUGGAGUGCGUUUCGUUCGAUGACGAUUUCGGGGAGGAGACCCUAGACGAUGACGUAGAGAUGGCCGACGCGGAACUCGUCGGAGACGGUGGAUUCGGUGCAGGAGAGGUGGAUUCUCUGCCCAGAAUCGGCGGCGGUGGCGGCGAUGGUGGUGGAGGCUGUGAGGGAACUGCUAACGGUGGAGGCGGCGAGGACAUGCGGUGUGAUUCGAUGGGGGGAUCGAGAAGGAAGAGGAAUAAGAAGAAGAAGAAGAGAAAGAGCGGCUCUAAUACCAAUAUCACUGACAUCAACAGGUUCGUUAUUAACACCUGCAAGAGAUUGAAAGAGAAGAAGUCAUAUCUAGUGUGGAAUGCAGUUGGUUGUCUUGGAGCUUCAGCUAUGAUGGAUCUUGUGAAAGAGGUGGAUGCCAUUCAGCAUUGCGGGGGACAAAAAACUGCAGAUGGAAAGCGAUUCCGUACCGGUGGUGGUGUUUUAUGGAACAUUUUAAAGACUCGCGAGCCAAAAGUAUACAAAGAAAUAAUGGCAAAGGGCAAGGAAUUUGAGAAGCAAUUUAGGCAGCCCCAAAAUAAGCAGAGUUCAGGCAAGAAUGUACUUGCAUCUCCGGUCCAAAAUGUUCCACAUAAUGCAUCAGAGUCUCCAGUAUCCGUUUCCUCUGAGAAUUUACCAUCCUCACAUAAGCACGAGACUUUCAAGCCUCAUGAAAGGCAAUCGUCUGUGCGAGAUAGAAUAAGAGUACCGGUUUGUUACGACGACGGCUUGCUCGAAGAGGGUGAGAUCUUUGAGCCCUAAUUUCUUCUAAUAGCUCUAAUUCCAAGCAGACCGGAUCAAACCACGAGCCUAAGUUCCUCAAUUUUGCUGCACCAGGAUGUCACACUUCUGCUUCUGCUGAGGUUUUUUUUUUUUAAUCCGUGACUAUCAUCAGAUUUUUGAAGAUUAGAUCAUGCAAUUUUUGGUUGAUUAAUGCGUUAGGUUGUGUAUGUUUUUUGCUGUUCAUUUUGUGUUUAUUAAAACAACACCGAGUUCUGACAAAAUAUUUGUAACAUUUA